CUAUUCGUGGUCAUCAGUAGACCAAAAAUACAACUCUUCGUUUCUCUCUCUUCCCCAAAUCUCCAUUGUUGACGACUUAAAGCGCUUCAAGCUUCUCUCUCUUUCGAAAAUGUUCGCUCGUCGGGCGGCACAACGUCUGUUGGAGAUCCGUCAAGUUUUCCGUCAAUCUCCUCAGGCUUCUCGAUCCUUCUCUACUGCUCUUAACUAUCACCUUGAUACCCCGGAUAAUAAUCCUAACAUCGAGUGGAAGUUCUCCAAAUCAAAUCAAGAGAAGGUGAAGGAGAUAUUAUCUCAUUACCCAUCCAACUACAAGCAGUCUGCUGUCAUUCCUUUGUUGGAUCUUGCUCAACAACAGCAUGGCGGUUGGCUUACUGUUUCUUCAAUGAAUGAGGUGGCAAGGAUAAUUGAAGUUGCUCCUAUCCGUGUAUAUGAGGUUGCAACUUUCUACUCGAUGUUCAACCGGGCCAAGGUGGGAAAAUAUCAUCUUUUGGUUUGUGGAACAACCCCUUGUAUGAUCCGUGGCUCACGAGAUAUUGAAGAUGCUUUGUUGAAACACCUAGGGGUGAAGCGAAAUGAGGUGACUAAGGAUGGUUUAUUCUCUGUUGGAGAAAUGGAGUGCAUGGGAUGCUGUGUGAAUGCUCCUAUGAUUACUGUGGCUGAUUACUCCAAUGGGUCUGAAGGAUAUACCUACAAUUACUAUGAGGAUGUUACUCCAAAACGCGUAGUGGAAAUAGUUGAGAUGUUGAGGAGGGGAGAGAAGCCUCCUCCGGGCACCCAAAAUCCGAAUCGUUGCAAGUCAGGUCCAGAAGGAGGAAAUACAACAUUGCUAGGAGAACCAAAGCCUCCUCCAUGCAGGGAUCUUGAUGCUUGUUAAUGUUUCUACUGGAUGAUGCUUCAAAUAACUUGCUGUUUAUUUCAAUAUCUCAUACGCCCUCUGUUCUGCAAAGUUUGUAGCAUUUUUGUUGUACUGGUGCUGUCGUUUUUCUCAUCGCCAAUGUCUUAUUAUUAACUUUCACUUUAGGUGACAGAUUAUUGUUUGGUUAAGGUCUUAUUGGCCUACAUGAGCCCUGUGACAGAAAGAACAGAAUAAUCUGUUUCUGGUAUUCCAUGUUGAAGAUUAAGGUUUCCGUUAAUAAGAAUCGUAUGAAGAGCUUCAUGUGCUUCACCCUGCA